UUGGCACCAUAAGAUAAAAACUAGAAUAUCCUAAAAAGAACCCAUUUUUCUCUUCAUUGCAUACACUACUCAUUACUCGAAGCUCACCUCACCAACACUGGUGACCUCUGCGGCCAUGGCUGUUUUCUCAACAUUACCAAAAUACCCUUCUUCCCCACUACCCUCUUUCACCAUCUUCUCCUCUUUUCGCUGUUGCGCCACUACCCAAUCUCAAGUGGCCGUCGUCAAUGGAAGACCAGACACCAAAAUCUCUGACCGGAAUGAGAUUCGUCUUGGACUUCCUAGUAAGGGUCGAAUGGCUGCUGAUACUCUCGAUCUUCUCAAGGAUUGUCAAUUGUCAGUGAAGCAAACUAAUCCUCGUCAGUAUGUUGCGGAAAUCCCUCAGCUAUCCAAUUUGGAAGUGUGGUUUCAGCGCCCAAAAGACAUUGUACGGAAAUUGAUAUCUGGAGAUUUAGACCUUGGCAUUGUGGGUCUUGACACUUUCACUGAAUAUGGCCAGGGUAAUGAGGAUCUUAUCAUUGUCCAUGAUGCUCUUGAGUAUGGUGAUUGUCGUUUAUCCUUUGCAAUUCCCAAAUAUGGGAUUUUUGAGAAUAUAAACUCUAUGGAGGGGCUUGCUCAAAUGCCUCAAUGGACAGAAGAGAAACCUCUUCGUGUUGCUACUGGUUUCACCUAUUUGGGUCCUAAAUUCAUGAAAGAAAAGGGAGUCAAGCAUGUCACCUUUUCGACUGCUGACGGGGCUUUGGAGGCAGCUCCUGCGAUGGGGAUAGCUGAUGCUAUUUUGGACCUUGUGAGUAGUGGGACAACUUUGAAAGAAAAUAACUUGAAAGAAAUCGAAGGUGGAACAGUAUUAGAAAGCCAAGCUGUUCUUGUCGCGACCAGAAGAUCAUUGAUACAGAGGAAAGGUUUACUUGACACAACUCAUGAGAUUCUCGAAAGACUGGAAGCACAUCUGAGGGCUGUAGGUCAAUUCACGGUAACUGCAAACAUGAGAGGAAGUAGUGCAGAGGAGGUUGCCGAGAGGAUCCUAAGUCAGACAUCGUUGUCUGGAUUGCAGGGUCCAACUAUAAGUCCUGUUUUUGGUAAACGCGAUGGAAGAGUUUCAGCUGACUACUAUGCCAUUGUCAUAUGUGUACCCAAAAAGGAACUCUACAAGUCUGUGCAACAAUUAAGAGCGAUUGGAGGAAGUGGGGUUUUGAUUUCUCCUUUAACAUACAUUUUCGAUGAAGAAACACCAAGGUGGAGAGAGCUUCUAUCAAAACUCGGCCUCUGAAUGCACCUUGGCCGAUGCCUUAGCGAUUUUAUCGCAUUUCUGUAGCUGUAACAAGACCGAAUUGUUUGUCAUGUCAAUCCCCUCACAUCCCUAUUCUGGCAAAUGGCUAUAAGGUGGGUGGGAUCAAAAUGCUUGGAGAAUCAAACUACUGAAAAUUUUGUACCAUAUUCUUGUUUGAAUUGUCAUCUUGGGAGGUGUAUGUUAAAUUUUUGGUGCCCUCUAGCCUUUUGUAUUUUCAGCAAGUUUGUUAUAGAUUUUGUUACUACUCAAUAAGUGGUAAUAACUUUAAUAAAUUAACGUCUUUUCACUUA